AACAAGUAUCGGGUAACCUGGACUGGUAAUUCAUCACUUUCGGUCAGCAAGAAAAGUUGACGAAACUCUUUGCCUACACCGCCAAAUCCAAACACGAAGCAGUACUGUUGCCACUGCACUAGUCAGUCAAUGGAGUCAUCUUCGAGAAUAACGGUGACGCAGCGAGAGCAAUCAAUGGUUAUGAACGACGUUAAAAUGAUCUACGAGAUCUACGCCGAUGUUCCCCCUAAAACUCAGCGUUUGAUGAUGGAGCUUCAGCGUGACAAUCAUAUGGAGUACUUGCUGAGAGGCCUCCAACAACUUGGCCCUUCCUUUUGCGUCUUGGAUGCUAAUCGACCUUGGAUUUGCUACUGGAUCCUGCAUUCAAUUGCUUUACUUGGACAGUCUAUUGAUGUUGCAUUGGAAGACAGGACCAUUGACUUUCUUAGCCGUUGUCAGGACCCAGAUGGUGGAUAUGCUGGUGGACCUGGACAGAUGCCUCAUCUUGCCACAACUUAUGCUGCGGUGAAUGCAUUGAUUACUUUGGGUAGUGAUAAAUCUUUACUGUCAAUUGAUAGGGGCAAAAUGUACACGUUUUUGAAGCGCAUGAAAGACCCAAGUGGGGCCUUCAGGAUGCAUGAUGAAGGAGAAAUUGAUGUUCGGGCGUGCUACACUGCUAUUUCGGUUGCAAGUAUGCUGAACAUUUUGGAUGAUGACCUUGUUCGUGAUGUUGGAAAUUACAUCUUAAGCUGUCAGACCUAUGAAGGUGGUAUUGCUGGGGAACCUGGUUCUGAAGCUCAUGGUGGCUAUACAUUUUGUGGUUUGGCUACAAUGAUUCUGAUCAAUGAGGUUAAUCGAUUGGAUUUGGCUUCCUUAAUUGAUUGUGUUGUAUUUCGACAAGGAGUGGAAGGUGGAUUUCAAGGGAGAACCAAUAAACUUGUUGAUGGUUGCUAUUCUUUCUGGCAGGGAGGUGUAUUUGCAUUAUUACAAAGGUUUCAUUCGAUUAUUGGAGAAAGACUGACACGGUCAGGUACUGGAGAAGCAAAGCACCAUAUUGAUAGUCCAGAAGCUACUCCAGAAUCAGAUAUAUCAGAGGGGAAAGAAAGUUCAGAUUGUAAUUCCUCAGAAGGUGAUGAAGCUUGCCAUUUUCAACGGGGAGACUCACAGAAUGCAUCCUGUCCAGUUAACUCUGACAAUGUUGGAUUUGUCUCGUCUGAGGGGCAUGCAGAAAGGGUGCCUCUAUUUCACAGCAUUGCCUUGCAGAGAUAUAUACUUUUAUGCUCACAGGACCCUGGAGGUGGACUCAAGGACAAACCUAAAAAAUCUAGAGACUAUUAUCACACCUGUUAUUGUUUAAGUGGUCUAGCAGUCUGUCAGUAUAGCUGGUUGAAAGAUGAAGAUGCUUCACCAUUGCCCAGAGCUGUCUUAGGUCCACAUUCUAAUCUUUUGGAACCUAUUCAUCCCAUCUUCAAUGUUGUCUUGGAUCGAUAUUGUGUAGCUCAUGAAUUUUUCUGUCGGUCCUAAUGGGAAUCUUCUUAACAAGUUUUUGUAGUUUCCUGAUAUGUGAUGCAAAUUCGCAAUAUCCGACCUUCUGUUGUAUAUGAUUGCAAAAAAAAAAAGAUAGUUUGUAUUAGUGAAUAAUGAUAGUGUGUAUUUUAAACUUUAUUAUUUAUCCCGUUUUCUGGAUUUC